AAUCUUUAGCAAACCAAUAUGCACAUACACACACAGAGAGUGAUCCAAGCAGGAAACAAAGACACCACAACUCUUCAAAUGAAUUACUCGAUUUUUGAUCCCCCAAACUCCAAUUUGUCACCAGAAUCUUCAUUUGGAUCAUCAUUUUCUUGGGAUGAUGGUCUUAAAUUUGGCAACAAUUCAUUACCUUUCAAUGAAAAUGAUUCAGAAGAAAUGCUUCUCUAUGGUCUAAUUUCGGAGGCCACUCAAGAAAUAACGUCAAGUGUUUCUGUUUCUGCAAACCCAAUUAAGGAAGAGGAGGUGAGCUCCGCAUUCGAAGAAGAAAACCUGAAAGAGGAAAAGUCCUAUAGAGGAGUUCGGAGGCGGCCGUGGGGCAAGUUUGCUGCAGAAAUAAGAGACUCCACUAGAAAUGGCAUAAGGGUGUGGCUAGGCACAUUUGACAGUGCCGAAGCUGCAGCUCUUGCCUACGAUCAAGCUGCCUUUUCCAUGAGAGGCUCUACGGCAAUUCUAAAUUUCCCAGUAGAGAGAGUCCGCGAAUCGCUUAGGGAGAUCAAUUAUGGUACCUCGGAUUUUGGAGGGUGUUCGCCGGUGAUGGCGCUUAAGCGAAAGCACUCGAUGAGAAGGAAAACUGGGUUCAAGAAAAGUAAAGUUGACAGAGAUGUGAGGAUAGAGAAUGUGGUGGUGUUUGAAGAUCUGGGAGUAGAUUACUUGGAAGAAUUGUUAAAUUCAACCGAGAAUACAAGUACCAGUGCCACUCCUAAUUGGUGAACCAAAACAGCAAAUUCAUCUUUAUUGAAUUCUUCUUUUGUCUGUUUGUUCUUUUUUCUGUAAUCAAUCUCUUUGUAAUUGUAUGAACCGUGGCUCCAAUCUUUUGUUUUUGCCGUGAAGUUCGUCGAAAGAUAAAGGUCUUACGUAUUAAUGUGUCCUUGUUU